UUGCUUUCAGCGUCCCGUUGUGAAUCGCCAUGAGAUCGCUGAACUCCCAUUUUCGGGAAUCCGACAGCUCCGGUGCAAUUACUCUUGUGAGAGUACUCUCCAACCGAUCCCGAUGGGCGCCAGCUGUCCGAUCGUACGAUCCGGGACACCUAAUUUACACGGCGGAUCGUUCAUUUCCGCGAGGUGCAAGCUGGCAGACACGUGACACUAUUGCAAGAAGUCCUUCAGAGGAGCCCUGACACCGGACCCGCUCUUUCUACAAAUAAUGCCCCCCGCUGCUCGAGCGCAUGCAAGGUGUUCGAGGCUCGCUCUCAUCAGACUCUGUUUCCCUCCAUCUCUCUCCUCGCCCGUCGCCAUCUCGCCUCCAAUGAAACCAUCGUCCUCCCCGACCUCGUGAGCGCUGUCGCGCGUUUCCUUUUCUAGGAAUUCGCUCUCGAUCGUCGUGGGAUCCGCCCGCCCGCCCACCGCACCGCUGAGAUCGCCAGAGCCGGAGGUGGCGACGGUCGUCGGUACGUCCGCAGCUCUCAUUUCGCAUCCAUCUGGCUGGAUCCGAACUUCGCCGGCGCCGAAGCCGGAGAGGAUCUUGAUCGGGCAAGGAAAGAGGCACUGCACCUCUUAGAGGAGCUGUAAUUGCCUAUCUACAUGGGUUCCAAAUCAGUAGACGAACUGCUAGAAACAUCAGCUGAAGUUCAUUUUUCAGGACUUCACCUGGAUGAGUUGGAGACGGUAAAUUCUGAAAAGGAGCUGCCAACAACUUCAGCAACAGAGAAUGGCCACAGAGAACCUUUUGUAAUAGUUUUACAGAAAUGCCCUGGAAGUGGAAAAUUUUAAAUGGCUGUCUUGAAUGUCGAUCCUAGCUUUUUUGUUCAUGACGUGUUGGUAGCUUUUGUGGCAAAAGGGUUUCCAGGUGUUGCUGGUGGUUCAGCUUCAGGAAAGACAACUGUAUGUGAAAUGAUCAUUGAGCAACUUCAUGACCAGCGUAUUGUCCUUGUGAGCCAGGAAUCCUUUUACUACAAUUUGUCAAAAGAGGAAAUGGCUCGAGUUCAUGAAUAUAACUUUGAUCAUCCUGAUGCCUUUGACACUGAAAAAUUGCUUUCCUGUAUGGAAGACUUGAAAAGCGGGCUGGCUGUUAAUAUCCCUAACUACGAUUUCAAAACUCAUAAGAAUAUACUGCCAGCACGAAAGGUCAACCCUUCAGAUGUAAUCAUUUUGGAAGGGAUUUUGGUAUUCCAUGAUCCACGUGUUCGAGAAUUGAUGAACAUGAAGAUCUUUGUAGAUACAGAUGCUGAUAUACGGUUAGCAAGGAGGAUACGACGUGAUACUGUUGAUAAGAGUAGAGAUAUCAGGACAGUACUAGACCAGUACUCAAAGUUUGUGAAGCCUGCUUUUGAGGACUUCAUACUCCCAACUAAGAAGUAUGCUGAUAUUAUCAUUCCUCGUGGCGGAGACAACCAUGUUGCAGUUGACUUGAUUGUGCAACAUAUUUGUGCAAAACUUGGGCAACAUGAUCUUUGUAAAAUAUAUUCAAAUCUUUAUGUUAUUCAAUCAACUUUUCAGAUACGUGGCAUGCAUACACUUAUACGUGAUGCCAAUACAACUAAACAUGAUUUCAUAUUUUAUUCAGAUCGGUUGAUUCGCUUGGUUGUUGAACAUGGUUUAGGUCAUCUUCCAUUUAAAGAAAAGCAGGUGAUUACUCCAACUGGAUCAGUAUAUACUGGUGUGGAAUUUUGUAAAAGGUUAUGCGGUAUCUCAGUGAUUAGAAGUGGCGAAAGCAUGGAGAAUGCACUUCGGGCAUGUUGUAAAGGCAUCAAGAUUGGGAAGAUCCUUAUUCAUAGGGAAGGAGAUAACGGUCAGCAGUUAAUCUAUCACAAUCUGCCAAAAGACAUCUCAGAUAGGCAUGUGCUGCUGUUGGAUCCUAUAUUAGGCACAGGGAACUCAGCUGUCCAAGCUAUUUCUUUGCUUUUGCAGAAGGGGGUACAGGAAGCCAAUAUUAUAUUUCUCAAUCUCAUUUCUGCUCCUCAAGGGGUGCAUGUUGUUUGUAAAAAAUUCCCAAGAAUCAAGAUUGUGACAUCUGAGAUUGACUACGGUCUAAAUGAAGAUUUUCGUGUCAUUCCUGGCAUGGGCGAGUUUGGAGAUAGGUAUUUUGGGACAGAUGAUGAUUAGCAGGCAACAUUCUCAAUAACAUCCAAGGAGAGUCUCACAUUGAAUCAAGUAUGGAUGAUUUUUUUGCUCCAAUUAAAUGAAAAUUAUGAAAAACAAUGUCCCAGUUCUUCGGCGGCAACUUCAAGCAUUUUUCGAGUUUUGUUGAACCUUUUGGACCCGUGAAUGCCUGCAAAGUCACUUUCAAUGUCAGUUUAUGUCGAGCAAAAAUAUAAUCUGUCAUUACAUAUGUUGAUGCUUAAUCAUCUGAGUUGUAUUAAUUCUUCUCUUUUAGCAUGUUUAUAUCUGGCCUAUUUCCAGAUUUUGUAGAAGAUUGGCUAUUUUAAUUUAAAUCUUAUUUGUUGGUCCCUCCUAA